ACGAAUAAAUCGAUAAUAGAAAAAGCGACGCUAUCUUGCCUACGUUUAAUACAAUUGAUGCGGCGUUGUAGUUUCUUUUUCCCUGCCGGCUCCAAUUUUUUGCAUUUAUCUGAUUUUUGGUACCAAUAUAAAUAAAGCAAAAUGAAGUUGGUGAGAUUCUUAAUGAAGUUAAGUCACGAGACUGUGACAGUUGAAUUGAAGAACGGAACUCAAAUUCAUGGCACAAUCACCGGAGUGGAUGUUGCUAUGAACACACAUCUGAAAAGUGUUAAAAUGACCAUCAAGAAUCGAGAUCCCGUCCACUUGGAGUCCUUGAGCAUUCGUGGUAAUAACAUACGCUACUUCAUACUGCCCGACAGUCUGCCAUUGGAAACUCUGCUUAUUGAUGAUACUCCCAAGUCGAAGUCAAAGAAAAAGGAUAGUGGCCGUGUUGGAAACCGAGGACGAGGAAGAGGCAGCCGUGGGCGUGGUGGACCAAGGGGACGUGGCAGAGGCAGAGCUCCGGCCAGACGUUAAAUAUGUAAUACACAAUAUAAUAAAAACACAUACAACUACUA